CCGACUCCUCCCCUUCAGUCCUGCACAGGUGUACCGGCUCCUCCCCUUCAGCUCUUGGACAGGUGUACCGACUCCUCCCCUUCAGUCUUAAACAGGUGUACCGGCUCCUCCCCUUCAGUCUUAAACAGGUGUACCGGCUCCUCCCCUUCAGUCUUGCACAGCUGUACUGGCUCCUCCCCUUCAGUCUUGUACAGGUGUCCGGCUCCUCCCCUUCAGUCUUGCACAGAUGUACCGGCUCCUCCCCUUCAGUCUUGCACAGGUGUACCGGCUCCUCCCCCUCAGUCUUGCACAGGUGUACCGGCUCCUCCCCUUCAGUCUUGCACAGGUGUAUCGGCUCCUCCCCUUCAGUCUUACACAGGUGUACCGGCUCCUCCCCUUCAGUCUUACACAGGUGUACCGGCUCCUCCCCUUCAGUCUUGGACAGGUGUA